UUGCUUUCUCUCAACAAACACACCCACGCACACGACACAACACUAUGCAACCAAAACUCCACUCUUUCUUCUUCUUCUUCUUCUUCUUCUUCUUCUUCUUCUUCUUCACUUUACUUGAACUCUUACCUUAUGCGUCCGUUUGACACCCUCCCGUCAUUUAGAGAAGCACCAGCCUUUCGAAACGGCAGAGAAUGUCUCCAAACCACAUCAUCAUCAACAUUCAUCCACAUUGCAAUGACUCUCGACUCCACCUACCUCCGAGGCUCCGUCGCCGGAGUAUUCUCCGUCCUCCAGCACGCUUCCUGCCCCGAAAACAUAAUCUUCCACUUCAUUGCCACUCACCGUCGCGCCGAGCUCCGCCGUACAAUAACCGUAACGUUUCCGUACUUAAACUUCCAUCUUUACCAUUUCGAUUCUGAUUUAGUGAAAGGAAAGAUAUCUUCUUCAGUCCGACGUGCCCUGGAUCAGCCCUUAAAUUAUGCUAGAUUUUACCUCGCUGAUCUGUUACCCGCUAGUGUACCAAGAAUUAUAUACUUUGAUUCUGAUUUAAUAGUGGUCGAUGACGUGGCUAAACUAUGGAACAUUAAUUUAGGUGUCCAUGUUUUAGGCGCACCGGAAUAUUGUCACGCCAAUUUUACUAAUUAUUUUAACUCAAGAUUUUGGUCCAAUGAAGGUUAUGCGGCGUCGUUUAGAGAAAGGAGGGCGUGUUAUUUUAACACGGGGGUGAUGGUGAUAGAUUUAAUGAAAUGGAGAGAAGGCAAGUACAGAGAGAAACUAGAGUAUUGGAUGAAGGUGCAGAAGAAGUAUAGGAUAUAUGAAUUGGGUUCUUUGCCUCCAUUUUUGCUUGUGUUUGCUGGGAAUGUGAAAGGUGUUGAACAUAGAUGGAAUCAACAUGGACUUGGCGGUGAUAAUGUGAAAGGUCUGUGUAGAGAUUUGCAUCCUGGUCCUGCUAGUUUGCUUCAUUGGAGUGGCAAAGGUAAACCUUGGCUUAGAAUUGCUUCUAAACGGCCUUGUCCUUUGGACUCGCUUUGGGCUCCUUAUGAUCUCUAUCGCCAUUCUUUACUCUUCUCCGAUAGCUGAGCUGAACGGGGAUUCAUAAACAUAAAUAAAGAAAAAGAACGUGAAGCUUAUUGAAAAAAACUGGCGGAGGAGGAUUGUACAGUGUUGGAGCGUGUGGUUGACGGCUGUGAUUUAAUGCAGAAAAAAGGUGGGCUGGGCUGGUUAAAAAUGGGGGAGGGAAGGAGGGUGGAUGAGGUGAUUGAUGAUGUCUGGUUGCAUGGUGAAAAUUCUUUAAUAUUGGUCUAGAACUAGAAGAGAAAGGCCAGUAGUGGUUGAAGAAGGUGGGGUGAAUGAUGAUUAUGGAAAUGGCUUUUCAAGUGGUUCUCUUUUUCUUUUUCUUUUUUUGGCUGUUGUUUUAUAAAACAGUGGAGAUUAAGUGGAAAGUGAAAAAAAGAAGAAGGGCCUACCAAGCAGGUGUUGUACAAUUGCAACAGAUUGUUUUGAUUAAUGUUGGUCACGGGCACUUGUUGUUUGUAGGUAUUGGUUGUAUUAUUGUGGAUUAGAAUCUAACCUUGUUUUGAUUUUGGAUAA